GCGGGCGUGGCGCUGGCUGGUUCGUCAGUGAACUCGGACCGGCAGCUGGAGGUAGCGCCGCAGUCCGUCCUGGAGCACGUCUUCCCGCCGACGGUGAAGACUGCCGAGCUCACGCUCUGCUUGCACGCCCAGCUCACAGCCUCCCGGCUCGCGGCCCAGGAGGCGCCGGCACGGGGCGCCUCCUCGGCGAAACACGCGCAGAAGGCAGUCCGCAAAGAAAGCAGGAGGGACAAGACACGUCCGGUGUUUUCCGACAGCACCAGCACGGACGACAAAUACUUCGACGCCGCGGCGCGUCUGAGCUCCUACGGGUUGCCGAACGUGAGCCACGAGCACGUGCCCCCCCACGCCGCCCUGCGCACCGUGGCGGCCAAGGCGAGGAAGGCGGUUCGACGGAAACGGCCCUUCGUAGUGAACGGCUCCGCAGCAAAAUGGGCCCCUCAGUGGAUGGGUGAUAGGCACAAGCCUCAGAGGAAUGUGGACAUCACUCAUGCCCAGUGGACCGCCCUGUGGUGGUCGAGGGCGCUCAGCCAGCUAACGGUCCAGGCGCAUUCCGGCGCCGAGGCCGUCAGCGUGCAGGCGCUGCUCACGGAGCUCCUGGACGCCAACGGGCUCGCAGUCCAGGAGUCGGGGCGGGUCGCGGCAGAGUGCGACAGGCCCCUCUGGGACGGCAUGUCGGAGCGGACCCUCAGGAAGGACAAGAGCUGCGCCCCCGAGGCCAUCCACAUGGCCAUCAACGAGAACCGGCUUUCCCGGGCGCGCGAGGCGGCGAAGCACGCAGUGGAGGCUCGCCGCCAGCAGCAGCAGCCGCGGGGGGCUGCGCCCAGUGUCAUGGGCGCCGGCAAGGGGGCGCACAAGCAGCAGGGGGGCCCGCCUUUGUCCGACUUGAAGCAGCGCUGCGCUGAGAUCAAUGCCCGGACUCUCGGCCGCGCCCAGCGCCGGGCCAGCGCUGCAGAUCAUGGCCAGACCAUCGUGGCCGAAAUCUGGGCGCAAACCGCGCAAGACGUAGAUGAAGGCAGAGCUGGGCCACCAGUGCCUUUAGACCGCGUGGAUCUGAACAACGUUUUGUUGGUCGACACAUUCGGUAUAUGGGGGCAGCACGGAGAUGCGGCCUCGCCGAAAGUGAGGAGCAUCAGGAAUUCCAGGACCAACGGUGUGAACGAGUACGCUUUCAUGCCCCAGAAACUUCGGCACGAUGAUCUUCAUCAGAUGGUCGCCGCGCUCCGCCUGCUCUCAGAGGGCCAUGGCGACGCAGCCCCGGCCAUGGGGAAGGCAGAUUUUAAGUCUGCCUUCAAGACGCUGCCGCCGGACUCGCAGCACGAGUGGCCCUGCUGGGCCCUCGUGUCGCAGCCGGACACGGGGGCUUGGAUGGCCGCGCCGCUGUGGACGCACGUUUUUGGGAAUCUGGGUUCCCAGACGCACGAGGCUGGGCUGGGACUCAG